AUGCGCUUCCUUAGCAUUGCUGCUCUCGCCGGUCUUGUGACCACCUCCGUUUAUGCACACACCAUUGACACCCGUGACUCCCAAUCCUCUCGUCUCGAGGAGCGCACUUUCUGGUGCGAUGCCGGAAAGGCUUGGAUCAAUGGGCGAUGCCAGGAUUGCUCUUCCGGUUCCUUUAGUAUUGGUGGUUACAACAGCCAAUGCAAGACUUGUCCUGCAGGUUCGACUUCGAGCACAUGCGAGUCGUACUGCGUGUGCAAGCCCGGCUUUUACCUCAACGGCGGCAAGACUACCAACAAUGCAUGCAAUGCUUGUGCUCCUGGUUACUCUAGCGGUACUGGUGCCAGCGGAUGCAGCCCGUGCCCAUCAAACACCUACUCUACAGGCGGAAGCACCUGCCAGGCAUGCCCUGCUGGCUACACCUCCAACCCGGCAUCCGGCUCUUGCCAGGCCAAGUGUCAAGCUGGUACUUAUUUGAACAACGGCCAGUGUCGUCCUUGCUCUGCCGGCUCUUACUCCGAACCCGGUGCUGCCUCCUGCACGACUUGCCCUGCUGGUACUUUCUCUAAUACCAAUGGCGCCGGCUCUUGUCAAACAUGCCCUGCUGGUACUACUUCCAACGCUGGAGCCACCUCUUGCAAGCCUGUGAACUGCCCGGCUGGAAAGUACAGCAAGAACGGCUCUUGCGAGAACUGCCCAGCUGGCUCUUACAGUGGUCCCAACGCGUCAUCCUGCUCUCAAUGCCCGGCCAAUACCUUCUCAACUGGUGGCUCUUCCAGUUGCUCCGCCUGCCCCAAUGGCGCCUCUUCUCUCCCUGGUUCAUCGCAGUGCUCGACCAACUGCCGUGCCGGCCAAUACUGGAGCGGCUCUAAAUGCAACACCUGCCCUGCCGGUUUCUACUCCCAGGCUGGUGCUUCCGAGUGCUCUGACUGUCCUGAUGAUACCUACUCUUCUGCCGGUGCUGGCUCCUGCACUCAGUGCCCUACCGGCAAAGGAUGCGGAUCUCGUUCGACCAGCAUCAACCAGUGCAUUGACAAGUGCCCCGACGGCAAGGUCUACACCAACGGACGCUGCCAAAACUGCCCCGCUGGUACUUACUCGAACAACAACAUGUGCUCGGACUGCCCUGCUGGUACCAUCUCCAACCCCGGAUCCAACAAGUGCACUCCCUGCCCCGGAGGCUCCGUCCCCUCACCUAACGGCCAGACUUGCACCACUUGCCCGCGCAAUACUUUCUCCAACGGCGAUAACUGCUCCCCUUGCCCGGCUGGUUCUACCUCCAACCCCGGUUCCAGCUCUUGCGGUCCUCAACCUUCCAGGCGCGCUCAGCCUGUUCUUGGCCUUUCCUGCGCUUCCGGGCAGCAGAAAUGCAAGAUCAAUGCUGGACGGGGCAGCUAUGAGUGUAUUGAUACCUUGUUCACUCUCGACGCUUGUGGUGGAUGCCCGCCCAUUGAAGGCGAAGAAAGCGAUGGUCCCUCUGGUCGCGAUUGCUCCGAAAUCCCCAACGUUAACGAGGUCAGGUGCACUCAAGGUUCUUGCGAGAUCAAGUCUUGCCGCUCUGGUUAUGAACCCCAGGAUGGUUACUGCGUCGAGAAGGCUGUUUACACUGGCAAAAAUUCUACCACACACACAUCUCGUGCUAAGCGUAGCAUCUUCUCCCGCCAUGAUACGUUCUAA